ACAACUGCAAAUUAUUCUAAAUUAAAAUGGCAAAGUAAACAUCACCAUUAUUUUUUCAUCAAUUAUAUUUUAAAAUUAUUUUAAGACGGUCGAUAUGCAGGAAAUAACUUCAAAUGAAGUAGCAAAUACUCAGGUAUCACCAGAACAUGGAGAAACUCAAAAGCCACAAAAGGAAUUCUACACCAAAGCCCAGCAAUAUUGGUCGGAGAUACCUGCCACUGUAAAUGGCAUGCUGGGCGGUCUUGGCUACAUAAGUGCCAUCGAUGUGCAAGGAUCAAACGCAUUUUUGCGCGAACUAAAGCUUAAAGAUGCUAAUAAAAAAUAUGCUCUAGACUGUGGUGCUGGCAUUGGUCGUGUCACCAAAAAUCUUUUGAUGCCUUUAUUUAACAAAGUGGAUAUGGUUGAACAGGAUCCCACGUUUGCCGAAAAAGCUAAGGAUUAUUGUAGCACAGACUCAGGCUCAACACUAGGCUAUCCAAAUCGUCUUGGCGAAAUUUACAACAUGGGAUUGCAACAAUUUGUUCCAGCUGCCCAAAAAUAUGAUUUGGUAUGGUCUCAAUGGGUUUUGGGUCAUCUAACCGAUCAAGACUUGUUGGCCUUUUUUAGACGCAUUCAUGAUGGAUUGAGUGCUGGAGGUACCUUUGUACUUAAAGAAAAUGUGACCAAAACAAAAGAAGUGGUAAAAGAUGAUGAGGAUUCUUCGGUUACACGUCCACUCAAAGACUAUGAAAGGAUACUGAAACAGGCUGGUUUUCGCAUAGUGAAAAUGACUCAACAAAAAAGUUUUCCCAAAGGAUUAUUCCCUGUCUAUAUGAUAGCAUGCCGGCCAGCAACAUCGCAAUAAUGAGAUGAUGCCUUUAGUUAGUAAUAAUAUGAUGUAGUACGAACUUGUAAUGUAUUACGAAUUAAAUAAAUUUUAGUUUUAUAAAAUAAAGACAA